CCAGUGUGCCCUGUGCUGCUGCUGCCGUGGAGAAGAGCUGCCGUCCCCGGCAGCCCCGCGUGCGACGCACCUCUUCGCUGGACACCAUCGUGGGCUCCUACCUGCUGGGACAGUGGCCACGGGAUGCUGAAGAAGCUUCCACUUCAUGCAUGAAUGACAAAGCUACCCAGACUCCAGUGUCGUGGCGUGAUGUGGAAGUGGGGAAGGCCAGCUCCAGUGCUCACAAGCGUUCUGCCUCCUGGGGUAGCACAGACCACCGCAGCGAGAUUGCCAAACUGAAGCAGCAGCUCCAGAGGACAAAGCUCCGUGGCAGAGACAAGGAGAAGAGCUGCCCGCUGCAGGGGGACCACGCUGUCCUCGCGUCGCUCCGGGACUCUCCUUCAGGCUUCCUUUCUCCAUCUCCCGUUUUGAGGCUCAGCCCCUGCUUGCACAAGAGCCUGGAAGGUCUAAACCAGGAACUGGAGGAAGCGUUUGUGAAGGAACAGGGAGAUGAAGAGCUGCUGCGGCCCCCGGGGAGGCUGCCAGCAGAAGAACCCUCCUCUGCAGCAGACGAGGUGCAGCCAGAGCCCAAAGAGAAAGAGGAGGGCAGCCCCUCCCCAGUGCUGGCCUUCGCCUCCUCCCCUCGCCCCAACCACAGCUACAUGUUCAAGCGGGAGCCUCCGGAGGGAUGCGAGAAGAUCCGGGCCUUUGAAGAGGCUUCCUCCCCCAGCCCUGAGCAGCCUUUCCAGCCUUCCUGCCCGGAUAAGAACAAAGUGCAUUUCAACCCCACCGGUUCUGCCUUCUGCCCCGUCCGCCUGGUGCAGCCUCUCUUCCCAAACAUGGGCUUCCUCUUCAGGAGCUUCCCAGCUCCUUCCAGCGCCGGCACGGGCCCGCUGAUGUCCUGCCAGCCCCCAGCCCCCUUCCUCGGGGUGCGGGAGGAUGCUGCGGACGAUGGCUUCAGCGACGUGCCCAC